UCAAAUUAACUGAUGGCGCGCAUUUGCAAGACCUUUUUAAAAUAAAUUUUGUGUGUGUGAUUUGUUUUUCGUUGCAAAAGUUUAUUUUAAAAUAUUAAAAAUAUCCCAAAUUAAAUAAUAUAUUAAAUUAAAAAUGAAUCACCAUGAAAAACUGCUCGUCAAAUGUGAAGAAGAACCCGGAACACAUCCCCACUGUCCCCACGGGCCAAUGUUAUACUUUUACAAAACAUCGUCCCUCAAAGAAGGUUUCUUUGCCUGUUCGGCAUUUCGUGAUAAAAACUCAUGUGGAUAUCAUACAAAUUUAAAAGAAUUAACUGAUUCACAUAAGAAACGUCGAUAUCCAAUGGAAACUUAUGAUUAUAAGAAACUACGACGAAAGUUAAAAUCAGUUCCAGUUGAGAAUCGAAACUAUUGUCACACUUGUAACUUACCUUACGUUCAUUUGGAGAAUCAUCUUCAUUCAGAUCACAAUACUCUUCAAGGAAUCACAAAUGACAAAUUCCUUAAUCCAACAAGUUUCUUAAAACCAAUCGACAAUGACAAAGUCGAAGCACAAUACUUUUUUGAUGAGAAAUCAUUAAAGGUCUUCGAAUCAUGUCUCAAUAAAUGCAAUAUCAAAAAAGUAAUCUGCAUUGGAACACCCCGUUUGCAUGCCCACAUUCAAACACAGAUGACUCAAACAGAUUCUUUCCUCCUUGACUUCGAUCACAGAUAUUUCUACUUUUACGAUGAUGACCAGUUUGCCUGGUAUAACAUGUGCAACAAUCACUUCUUCGACGAGAAACAACGUUCGGCCUUCGAAAAAUUCAUUACCCUGAGUGAUGGGGAAGAAAACUUGGCCUUCUUUAUCGAUCCUCCGUUUGGAUGUCGAACUGAAGUCGUUGCCAACAGCAUCAAGCAGCUCACCUCGCUUUAUCGGACUAUAAACAAAGUCCACAAAAUGCCAUCGGUCUUCUGGGUUUAUCCUUAUUUCGGAGAAACCUACAUCCGCCAGGUGAUGCCAGAGAUGGAAAUGUCCGACUACAAAAUCAAUUACACAAAUCACGAGAGUUACAGCGAUGGCAGUAAAGGGCGCAAAUUGGGCAGUCCUGUGCGUUUGUUCUCUAAUGUCCCACAGAAUCUUGUUGUCCUACCUUCUGCAGAGGGAUACAAGUUCUGUAAGCCGUGCAAUCGGUGGACAAGCAAAGAGAACACUCACUGCGAUAUCUGUCGAGUGUGUCCAUCCAAAAACGGAGACGGUUAUCGUCAUUGUGUGGAAUGUAAAACCUGCGUUAAACCAAACUACGUCCACUGCAAAGAUUGCCGCAGAUGCACUCAAAAAGGAGACCACAAAUGCGCCGAAUACCAGGCCAGGAUUCGAUGCUGGAUCUGCCGGGAAGUGGGACACAACGAGUACAAUUGUCGAGCUUUGCAGUUAUACAAAAGCAAAAAGAAACAUCCGAGCGUUUGUCUUAUUUGUAGACAGCCAAAGGAGCACAACGAGAAAUCAUGUCCCAAACGGACACACUUUAUUCAAGAGAAAUCCUUCAUGGGUCAAUUUACUCUCAAGUUCAAGAGAAGGAAUAAAAAGUAAAUAAUGCAAAAGUGGAUUUAUAUAGAUAAGAGUAGUAUGUACAUUUUAUUUAUGUUUAAAACUUUUUAAAAUACAUAAAACUGCUUGAGAGCAA